AUGCCCCCCUCUAACAACCGCGCCCUCGAUAUUCUAAACCACGCCGCCUCAAACCACUAUGGCGUCCCCGCAAUGUGCUGCUACAACCUAGAGGGCAUCCUAGCCACUGUCCGAGCCGCAGAAGCAAAGCGAUCGCCUGCAAUGAUCCUCCUCUUCCCAUGGGCCGUACACUACGCCGACGGGCUCCUCGUCCACGCCGCUGCCGAGGCCGCGCGCAAGGCCUCCGUGCCGAUUGCUGUCCACAUGGAUCACGCGCAAACACCGGAGAUUAUUCGUUACGCGGCAGACCUAGGUGGAUUCGAUGGUAUUAUGGUCGACAUGUCGCACUAUGAGAAAGAGGAGAAUCUCGCACUCACGAAAGAAUUGGUCGCGUAUUGUCAUGAACGGGGCAUCGCGACAGAAGCUGAGCCCGGACGGAUUGAGGGGGGAGAGGAUGGAGUUGCGGAUACGGCAGAUUUAGAGGGCAUGUUGACUACUCCGGAGGAAAGUGUUGAGUUUGUGGAUACUGGGAUUGAUUGGUUAGCCCCUGCUUUCGGCAAUGUCCAUGGCGAGUAUGGACCCCGAGGCAUUCAGCUGGAGUAUGAUCGAUUGAAGCGCAUUCAUGACACCGUUGGGGAUAAGGUCCGGUUGGUGUUGCAUGGGGCGGAUCCAUUUACGGAGGAGAUCUUUUCCAAGUGCAUUGACUGUGGUGUGUCCAAGGUUAAUAUCAACAAGGUGUUGAAUAAUGAGUACGUGCGGGUGCAGAAGGAGAAGGCUGGGCGUGUGCCUUUGACGGCUCUGCUGGAGGAAGCUACAAAUGAGAUGCAGAAGGCAGUGGAAAGGUGUAUGGAUAUGUUGAAGUCGACGGGGAGAUAUCCUUGAUAGCGUGCAUGCAGACCAUAGACAGAA